AUGUCGACCCUACUAGCUCCUCUGUGCAAAUCGAACAACUGUACCGUUUUUGAGUCUGCCAAAAUGUGCGAACAAAAAUUGGCGUCGUUUCAUAAAACUGUCAACUUUGAGGUCAUAAAAGGUCACGGACUUCCUGAUGAGUAUUCAAUCGACGGAAAUGUUGAUUUUCUGCUCCGCAUUUGCGAUAUAUUGACUGAUAUGUACAUUUACGCUUAUAAUGAAUUAUCGAAAGUGAUUGAUGGAAACCCUGGAAAGUUUGAUCUUCUGAUUGUGGACAGCUCGGCAGUUAUGGGAAGUUUGCUGGUUGGCGAGAAGUACAACAUGCCAACGAUUCAUCAGAGUCCAGGGCUGCCAGGAGGAGUGGAGUGCAUCCAGGACAAAUGGCCAGUCACUCUGUUCGAACUAUAUCUCCUCAAACCAUUCGGCAAAAAGUGUUGGAACUUCAUCCAAGAAAAAAGAACCCAACUUAACUUACCCGAUAUGGACUACCAGGGAGGUUUUAUUGGCACCGAAUAUUCCGAUAGGUUCCCCAUGUUUCUUCCUACGUCACCUUCAAUUUACCCUAAACCCCAUCAUACUACCGAACAUAUUUACUUGGGUGGUUUGCGAGAUGAACAAUUACAUCCCAAACUUAGUCCCGAACUAGAAUCAUGGAUCAAGAAAAAUGACAAAAACAUAAUCUACAUAUCCCUCGGAACCCAUUCCACCCUGGAGACUGAAGAGUUGAGGGCUUUUGUGGAUAGCCUGAAAAGUGAGGCAAAGUACAGGUUUAUCUGGUCAUUGGGACUUGGCCUGGAGAAUAAAGCCAAGAAAAACCCAAAAGUCAAAGUGUACGUGUCGCAUUGUGGUCUAGGUUCCAUGGUUGACCAAGUAUCAAGAGCAAUUCCAGGCGUGUUUGUGCCUCAGUUCAGCGACCAAUUUUCCAACGCAGCCAAAUUGGAAAGUCUCGAAACUGGAAUUAUUUUAAAAGAUUUCAAAUACGAACACUUAAUGGAGGCUAUUGAUAAAGUAUUUGGUAACUAUGCUUUGUAUAAGAAACACUUAGAGCGUCUUCAAAAAGAGUUCAAACAGUAUGAAAACUACGAAGCUAUUAAUGAAUUUGCUCUCAAAAUUGCGUCCAGAAAGAAGUUGACCGUCAAAUAUAAUCUACCUUAUCAAGUCCACUGCCCAAGAGUUGCUACCUUUUGGAUGGCCUUGAAGGUGGCUCUGCCAGUUGUUGGGUUUGUGACUCUGUGUCUGGCGUAUAAACUGUUCUGUCUAUGCUGCAAAAAGAGCAAAUAUAGCGAAAAGAAGGCACAGUAG